UCCCGCCAUUUUUCGCAUCGAGAAAGGGAAAGCGUCCCGCCAAAUCUCUCAGCUUACACAGAGAGAGAGAGAGAGAGAGAGAGAGAGAGAUGAAGGGUUCGAUGCUGAGGAAGAAGGUAGAGAGGAAAUGCAAGAUCAGAGGGUACAUCCUCAAGAUGGAGGCUCUGGAAGAGAUCCUCUCCUUCGUCGACCGCUUCCCAGGCGCCGAAGACGACGCCGUCGACCUCCUCCUCGACCAGCUCGACACUGAUUCCCUGAAAUCUUCCAUCAUCGACAAGGAGCCGGUGCACCGGGUAGUGAGCCUUUUAUUAGAAGCCGAAGCGGCCGCUGCCGACGAAAGCCCAGAUUCUGUCGGUGGGUCUUCCGCGUCGGCUAUUCGUGUGAUUGAUGCAUUCUUGAUCCCCAAAUUCGGCUACGAUCCCAUCAAAAAGAUUUUCCAUGAGCAUACAGGAAGCCUACCCAUUCACGGUGACGCUUCAGCAAAAGCGGCUUUGUACAGGGAUAGGUUCCUCUUGUUGUUUCAGAGGCUUGCUCGUGAUCAGCAUUUUUCCAGACCCGCAUUUGAUACCGAAAGGUCACAUGUUGGAAGCUGUGAGAUAUCUCCAAUUCAGUCUCUGGUUGGCCAAACGGGGAGAAGAUGGGUCAUGGGUGUGAUAUCUCAGUUGGAGGAUGGCCAUUUUUAUUUGGAAGACCUAACUGCUUCUGUGGAAAUCAAUUUAUCUAAUGCAAAGAUAACUACAGGUUUUUUCUUGGAGAAUACCAUAGUUGUAGCAGAAGGUGAGAUGCUCUUAGAGGGUAUAUUUCAGGUCAUUACGUGUGGAUUUCCUCCAUUAGAGGACCGAGACAAGUCAUCCAAAUCGCUUGCAGGACAUGACUUCUUUGGAAGUGGUAUACUAACUAAAGAGGAGACUCUCAGACUUGCGGAGUUGGAAAAGAGAGCAGUUAACGACAUGUUUGUUAUACUGUCUGACAUUUGGCUAGACAAUGAAGAGGUUAUGGAAAAACUAGAGAUUGUCCUCAAUGGAUUUGAGAGUGAGGAGGUGGUUCCUUCUUUAUUUGUAUUCAUGGGGAAUUUUUGUUCUCACCCAUGCAACCUUUCCUUCCACUCUUUCUCAAGUCUCAGAUCACAGUUUGCCAAGCUAGGGCAAUUGAUUGCUGCCCAUCCACGGCUGAAAGAACAUAGUCGAUUUCUGUUUAUUCCUGGUCCUGAUGAUGCAGGUCCAUCAACAGUUCUACCCAGGUGUUCUUUACCUAAAUAUUUGACUGAAGAGCUUCAGAAGCACAUUCCAAAUGCCAUAUUUUCGAGCAAUCCUUGCAGAAUCAAAUUCUAUACCCAAGAAAUUGUAUUUUUCCGUCAAGAUCUACUGUAUAGGAUGCGCCGCUCAUGUCUGAUGCCCCCUUCUUCGGAAGAAACCACUGAUCCUUUUCAGCAUCUUGUUGCUACCAUAACUCAUCAAAGUCAUCUCUGUCCACUACCUCUUAUCGUACAACCUGUUAUCUGGAAUUACGACCACUGUCUCCAUCUCUAUCCAACUCCACAUACGAUCAUCUUAGGUGACAGAAGUGAGCAGAAGGCAUUUAAAUACACAGGAAUCACUUGUUUUAAUCCCGGUUCCUUCUCAAACGACUACACAUUUGUGGCAUAUCGUCCUUGCACCCAGGAAGUUGAAUUGUCAGCCCUGUAGCUAUUUGGGAGAUACUGCUCAAUUUUCAGCCUUGGAAGAAUCUGCAAAUUACUUAACACUAUUAUUCAACAGGCCAAUCUGAUCCAACGCAUGAGGCUGGAAACACCCCCCCCCCCC